AUGUCUUUGACAGUAUGGAACGUAGAAUCCAUAAAAGAUGUCGCUGAAAUGCUUGGUAUAAGCAGUCUGGGUGAUGAGGCAGCAUCUGCAAUUGCAAUGGAUCUUGAAUAUCGAAUCCACCAAGUCAUACAGGAAGCAAUGAAGUUUAUGGUCCAUUCAAAACGGACGGUGCUUUCAAAUGCUGACAUAUCGUCUGCUCUGAGAACCUUAAACGUUGAACCACUUUACGGGUUUAAUACAUCUCGGCCUGUUGAAUUUCAUGAAGCCGCCGUAGGUGGUGGGCAAAACUCUCUUUAUUAUCUUGAUGAUGAAGAAAUUGAUUUCGAGAAAAUUAUCAACUAUCCUUUACCAAAGGUACCCAGAAAUAUUUCUUAUACUGCCCAUUGGUUAGCCAUUGAGGGUGUUCAACCUGCUAUUCCACAAAACCCAACCCCCUCCGACCAUACAACUGGAGAAUGGGCUCCUAAGGGUCCAGCUGCAGUUACUCCCGGUGCUACUGCUGCUACAAAAGAGGCAUCUAAUGGUAUUUCAUCUAUGGAGAAUGUUGAAGUAAAACCGUUAGUCCGUCACGUGCUUUCGAAAGAGCUUCAACUUUAUUUCGAGCGUAUUACUGCUGCUUUGCUUGAUGUAUCAAAUUCAGAACUUCGGCAUGCCGCAUUAUCAAGCCUUCGAGAUGAUCCAGGCUUACAUCAACUCUUGCCCUACUUUAUUAUGUUUCUUUCUGAUUCCAUUUCUCAUAAUCUAAAUAAUUUAGUUAUUCUUACUACGCUCAUGCAAAUGGCUUGGGCGCUUCUUGACAAUCCCAAUUUAUUUGUUGAGCCUUAUGUUCAACAGCUAAUGCCCUCUAUCUUAACUUGUCUGGUUGCCAAACGUCUUGGGAAUGAUCCUCACAAUCACGACCAUUAUGCUUUAAGAGACUUAGCUGCUUACCUCUUAGGAAUUGUUUGUAAUCGAUUUGGCAAUGUUUACUAUACAUUGAAACCGAGAGUUACUAGGACAGUGUUGAAGGCUUUCUUAGAUAAUACAAAGCCUUAUACAACUCAUUACGGAGCUAUAAUUGGUCUCAAAACAAUGGGAAAAGAAGCUAUUCGGGUGCUUCUUGUUCCUAAUAUUAAGGUCUAUGAAAUUUUGGUCAUUAAGAGUUUUGAAAAGGGCAACGACGAUGACAAAUAUGAAGCGAAUCGUUGUAUGGAUGCUUUGUAUGAUUCAUUAUUGCUUUUAAGAGAUGAUCAACUCUCUACAGAUAAAACCGUCCCCCCUAAUGCUCGGGGUCUUUUGGAAAAAAUUGUUGGUAACUUAAUGACUGAAAAAAUUAUGGAAAAAGGAGAUAAAGAUCUCAUUUUAGCUUUAGUUGACGAAAACAAUCCAGCUUAG